AUGUCGGCUUCUGGGCGCCCCAACACCAGCGCACCUGCUUUCAAGCCUGCCUUCCUUCGCCGGAAGGAGGCCACCGCUGCCGCCGCCGCCGCUCCGGCUGCUGAUGCCGCCGCCGCUGCUCCCGCCGCCGCCGCCGCUGCUGCUCCGGUCGUCGCCGCCGCUGCCCCGGCUGUCGUCGCCGAGCCGACUCCCACUCCGGCUCCGGCUGCCACCCCGUCCGUCAUCAAGAUCGCCCGCCGAGGCCGCCAAGCCGGCUGA